CCCCGCCCCGGCGCCCAUGGAGCACCAGUCCAUCAUCGCCCAGGUUAGCAGGGAGGAGGGGAGCGCCCCGCUGCAGGAGAAAGGUACCCAGGCCCCCGCCAAGAAGCCGCGGAGCCGCAGCAUCCUCCAGUCCCUCUUCUGCUGCCUGUGCCGCGAUGAGGGGGAGCCCUGCGCCGGCACCACCAGCGCCCCGCUGCUGGUGGAGGAGAAUGGGGCCCUGCCUAAGGCUGCUGUCAAACAUCUCCUGCCCGAGAUCAAGCCGCAGGACGCCAGCAAGCUGUGCGUGGUCAUCGACCUGGACGAGACGCUGGUGCACAGCUCCUUCAAGCCAGUGAACAAUGCCGACUUCAUCAUUCCCGUGGAAAUCGAUGGCAUCAUGCACCAGGUGCCCUCUGCCCCGUGCCCGCAGGUGUACGUGCUGAAGCGGCCGCAUGUGGAUGAGUUCCUGCAGCGCAUGGGCGAGCUUUUCGAGUGCGUGCUCUUCACCGCCAGCCUGGCCAAGUACGCGGACCCUGUGGCCGACCUGCUGGAUAAAUGGGGGGCUUUCCGGGCACGGCUUUUCCGGGAAUCCUGCGUCUUCCAUCGUGGCAACUAUGUGAAGGACCUAAGCCGCCUGGGCCGCGACCUGCGCCGCAUCAUCAUUGUGGACAACUCGCCCGCAUCCUACAUCUUCCACCCUGACAAUGCCGUGCCGGUGGCCUCCUGGUUCGAUAACAUGGCGGACACAGAGCUGCUGGACCUGCUGCCCUUCUUUGAGAGGCUCAGCAAGGUGGAGGACGUGUACGCAGUGCUCAAGAAGCAGCGGACUAACAGCUAGUGGCCCCCCACCCCGCCGGGUGCUGCCGAGGGGCGCUGCCGUGGCAGCCGGGUGCCUUAUUUUAGGAGGGGGGGGUCCCGGUGUGCCCCCCCUAUCGUCCUCCCCAGCCCCGGUGGGCGUGGGUGCCCUCCCUGCCUGCUGGUGGUGGGAGAUGUGGGUGCCCCCGCCGGGGAGCUGGGUGUCCCCCUUCCUGCGGAGGAGAGGGGGGCAGUGGGUGACCCGCUGCCUUGCUGUGCUGGGGACCUGUUGGAGGGGUCCCGUCCUCCCCCACUGUCCUGUCCCUGCCCCCCCCGCCUGCAUCCCCCCUCCCCAAAACGGUUCUCAGGUCCUUUUCCCCUCCGUGUGCCCCCGAGUGGGGAGGGGGGGUCAACAGCUGCUGCUUUCCACUGCUUUUGGGGAGGACUAGACCCCCCCAUCCGGGCUCUGCCUGCUGGGGGGGCUGGUGGCCCUCGGCCCCUAUCUGCAGAGGGUACGGGAUGGGUUAACCCCUUGCCAGCCCCCCAAAAAUGGGGGAGUCUUGCUGGCGUUGGUGCAUAGGGCCGCCACCGUACGCUUAACUCUGCCCUUGGUGCAGCUGAUCACCUCGGUGGGGGCACAUCCCUACCCCCUCCUCGUGCCUUCUGCUGCCCCCCGCCUCGGGAGUGUGUUUUGGGGGGCAGACCGGCCUCAGGGCUGAGCCCCCGGCCGCAAAUGCUCCCCAUGUGCCUUGGGACGCCACGUCUCCAUGUCCCCCCCAGCCCUGCAAGGGGUGUGCCUCGGGGGGCUCUUAACUCACCCCCUCCAACCUCGGUUUGUUCCUGUGGGGGGGUGUCUGGUGGCCUCCCCCCCAUUCCCAGUUACACUGUGUCAGUGGGAGCCACUCCAUUCACCAGCG